GCAACAUAAGCGAUUGUACAUUUGAUACCUGCAGCAGCAAACAUACUGACCAAACUCUGCAACCGUUCCCUCUCUCAGACUUAUUACCUCCGAUGUCUGCGCCUGUAUCACCCAACCAAUGUAAUUUCAGGAUGUCUUUCACGCUGGUACUUCUUACAAUUGCAGGUCAGCUGUCACAAGUCAAGGAAUCGCUUCAAACAGAUACCACGGGUGAAUUGCCGCAGCCCGCUAUAUCCAUUUCAUCGGAUCGAGUUUUUAAGAAAGGGGACGAUGUUCGUAUUGAAUGCCGGUCCCCCGGCUUGUAUUCCGGCAGCACAUUUUAUCUGAAACGAAAUGGUAAACCCACAUUCGACGCACAGCAGACUGUUCCCCGCAUGGAAGACACGGCCACGUUCAGCAUCUAUAAUCUCUCCGCAAGUGAUCAGGGGACAUAUCACUGUUUCUACAGGAAGCAAAUUUCAGGGCGAUGGGCGACAUCCCAACUCAGCAGUGAGGUAGCAUUAAAUGUGUACGAUGGAGACUCAGAAGGGCAUUCCUCCGAAGAUUUACUAUUCAAAGGGAAUAGUUGGAUAUUGAUUGCGUUCGUGGCAGGAGCGAUUGUACUGGGCUUGAUUCUCGUUGCAGUCGGGUGGUUUGUCUGCAGAAAAAUAUCCAACGCCAGAAGGAACAGAAACAAUGGGGAUAAUCUAUGGACAACACUGGACAGCAAUACCUGUUCUCCAUAUCGAAUGAGCAGCAGGCGUUCAUUUAGGUUUUCACGUGAUCUGGAAACCCCAAGAGAACAAGAAGGUGAAAAUGCCUAUUGCACCAGCCAGAGCACAGAGUUUUUGAACGGCAUGCAGACCCACCCAGGUCUCCACGCGAAGCCUUAUUUCAUAACCUUUAGAGAGUAGUCACUCGUUGCCGUAGGAUAAACCUUCACCGUAGCCUGUAAGCAAAAAGUAAACCAAGUUGAGGCAAUGUACUGUGGCGGUGAAUGUCAACUGUUAUAUUCGUCUCUGCUCGUCAUCUUCAGAAGUCAAAUGUUAACUGCGAUUAUCGUUGAUAUUUUGAAAUAUCGGGUUGAUAUUGAAGAAUAAGAACAUGAGAAACCAGUAGCAGCAUGCUCUUCAAACCAGUCUUGAACAUGAAAAUACUCUUCCGGGCCUCACCUCCUCCUCUGUAUCGAUUCUCCAUGGUCUCCAAGACGCCUAUCUUAAAGCCAAGCCACUUACCUCUUCUUUAAGUCAUCCAUGUGAUUCAAAAUCUAUUACAUCCAUUGGUAGUGAAUACCAGAGAAUCCCAUUUUGUUCACGAGCUGUGUUUUUCCACCCGCAUGAUACGUGGGUCAUCACUGACUUCAUGACCGUUCUCAGCAGGCAUUGAUACAAGAUGGUUUGCAAGACACUCUCUUAAAAUAUCCAUCAAAGUACUUGCUCUAUAAAGUAAGAACUGUGUGUUCUCUCUCAGACCAGGCCUUCAGAAUUUGACAGAGAACAUCACAAGUGCAAAGGGUUUUACUUUAAAAGUACAUCCCUACUCCUGUCCCUGCUGAAUAACAAAGAAAGCUGUUAAUGGGAUAUCUCAUUUAUCAGAAGUAGCCUCACAUUCAGUUGCAAAUUCCUGAAGACCUAGCAAUCCCGCCCUAAGACUGGAUAAGAUUGGACAGAGAGGAAGCUUCUGGUAGUGGGAGAGCCGAUGACCAGAGGGCACAGCCUCAGAAUAAAGGGGCAUUUCCUCAUCUCAGUACAGAUUUUCAAAUGCAUUCAUUACCAACGUAUUUGUAUGUCACCACUCCGACAUUCAUUUCCUGCAGUUAUUCAGAGUAGUUGCAAACAAUGCAAUGGAAUCAUUCAUAUAUCUUUAAAGUAAAGUUAAAUUGUUAAAACUUGCGAGGGAGAAAUGAAAAGAAAUGGGUUUAUAGGGAAUAAUAAAUCAGCCAUAAUCCAUUCCAUGAGAGUAGAUUCCCGGAAGGAAUAGCCUAAUUCUGCUCCUAUGCAGAAUUAUUGUCUUAUUGACCACUGUUUCCAGUCAUUGGGUAUAUUUAAAGCGGUGGUUUAUGGGUUCUUCAUCGUUAAGGGCAUCAAAGGUUAGAGGAGAAUUUAGUUGAGAGCGAAAGUAAAUUAGCCAUGAUGGAAAGAAACAGAAAACGUGAUGGGCUGAAUGGCUCAAUUGUCCUUUUAUGUCUUAUGGUCACUUUGUCCUCUAUAUUGAUAUGAUCAGCUGCACAACAUACAAAUAAACAGUGUAGCAAGCCUUCAGGCCAACCAAUGCCAAGCUCAACUGUUAUCAGAUUCCAAACAAUUUGGCCGUCUUUCCAGAAAGGGAAAAGUUCAUUGCAAGCUAAUUGAGAUAACUCGUACAUUGAGUAGAUAUUUGCUCAACAGAGAGAAGAGGUAGCACAUUUACUAUAAUGCUGUCUUAAAAAGCCAAUGAUCUGGAUUCGAUCAUGACCUAUGCGCCUGCCUGGGUGUGGAAUCUCCACAUCCGUCCUAUUGCCGAGUUGAUUUCCUCUGGCAACUCCAGUUCCCCAACAUUUCCCAAAUGCAUGCAAACUAUUCUAUUAAUUUCCACACUGGACGUAAUUAAUGCGAUUGUGUGCUAAAUAGGUUACAGCGAAAAUGUAAGGGGGGGUGGAAGUGGACAAUAUUGCCCCAAAAAAGCUUCAUCGGCUGAAUAUAAUGUAUCUACACCACAAGGCAAUAUGAUAAAUAAAAUAGCGAAACAAAACGAUGAUGUCCUAAGAUACAUAAAAAGAUAUUGCUCGUGACGGCUAAAUCUCUGCUAAUCAUCAGAAGGAGAUUUUAUUCUCCAACUGACUAAGCUGACAUCCAUAAGCAUUCAUACUCAUCAAGAAUAGACUUGAAAAGCAAAAUACAGCCUCUUGUUCGAUUAUCUGAAUGUUGAACUGUAUUCUAAUUCCGCUCACCAACACUUGUCAAAGGGAUUUAGCUGGCGUGGUGAUUAUAGGCCUCAUCCAAAUACUUCUAAAACUUUGUGGACAGACCCUGCUUCCACCAGCCACUCAGAACUGGCAUUUCUAAUUCCACCCACCCAAGAUAAAAGACUGCUUCCCAUAAACCUUCUAAUCUUCUGAACGACUUUGGUUCAAGAGCCUGAUAUUUAAGGAAUAAUAACCGUUCCUGAACCUGGUGGUGUGAGCCCUUAGGCUCCUGUGCCUUCUUCCUAAUAGCAGCAGCACGAAGAGAAUGUAUCCCGGCUGGUGAGGGUCUCUGAUGAUGGAUGCUGCUUCCCUGCUACAACGCUUUGCGGAUAAGGAUUCAGUGGUGGAGAGGGUUUUUCUGUGAUGGGCUAGACUCUAUCUCUUACAUUUUCCAGGAUUUUCCAUUCAAGGGCACAAGUGCUUGCAUACUCAACUGCACUCGAUAUGCUCUCAUCUACACACCUUUAGAAGUUUGUCAAAGUUUUCGAUGUCACGCCGGAUCUUCGCAAACUCUUAAGGAAGUAGGUGUGCUGCCGUACUUGCUGGGCCCAGGAACCCCUCCACCUCUGAUCCUCCCAUAAGCACUGGCUCAUGGAUCUCUAUUAUCCUUCUCCUAAAGAAAAUAAUCAGCUCUUUGGUCUUAGUUUUGCUGACAUUGGGUAAGAGAUUCAGCCAGGUUUUCACUCUAUUACUUUCCAUAGAUGCUGCCUGACCUGCUGCGUUCCCCCAGGAUUUUCAGUAUGACACUCUGGAUUCCCAGCACCUUCAGAAUCCCUUAUGUUGAAAGCUCUUAACGGAAUUUGAUUUUACAAUGUGAAACCAAUGUCAAUUUUCAAUGAUCCUCACAUUCAUAAUUUAACCCGCAAAUUCCCAUCAAUGCAAAAGUCCACCUCCAGAUGCUACAUUAAUUUGAAGCCCUUCACCUACUUGAGAACCACUCUGCACAUACCCAUGACAACAAUGGGCGAGAUUUGUUGAAGUUAGCAUCUAAGUACUUAUUGUCAUCUUCACAAUUGUAUUUUGGUAGUAUGCGUACUUUAAGCAGUUAUUCUGCCAUCUAAGAAUACCAAAUGGAGGAGCUGAACAAUAGUUGAGAAUGUUGCUUACCAACGUACAAUCAUUUCAUAUAUUCGUCUGCAAAUUAUAUCACAAUUUUUGAGAGCAAAAAAGCGAUGUAUACUUUUGCAUGACCUCUCUUUUCCGAAUAAGUUGCUGAAUGUAAUUUGUGAGUUAGUGCUAUUUUUAAGGACAUGUGUUUUUCUGAGACAAUUAUAUUUUUCUUCUGUCAGUCCGAUUGUAUUCUUUUUGGGUAGACCAUCGGUCAACCCAAAUGAAUAAUGCAUACCAAUAGACGGGUGGAUGACUAUGUAUUUGGGUAAAAGUUUGAUUGCAUAACAGAGUUCAAAUAAAAUAAAUCAA